UUUGACACUAUUCACUUAUUACUCUUAAUUAUAUUUUAUUUUUAAACUAUAAAUUAGAACAUAAUCAAGUGAGGUCUUAUUUGAUUCGUCUCAAUGUAAAGAUUAUUAAUAUUUACUUUUUAUAAAAUUUCGUUAUAUAUAAUAAGAUAAUAAAAGAUAUUAAGCAUUAAAUAAAUACAAAUAUCCCAUUAUAUAAGUUUAAGAUUCUAUUAAAUUUGUAGCCCUUAGCCCCUUACAUACCAAUUUCAUUUUGUAGACCAAUGCGCCCAUUCCCACAAUAAUAGUCACGCCCACACGCGUAGUACUCCUUUGACCCUUUGAAUAUUUGACCUCUUUUUUCACUUCUUCAAACCCACAAAGAAAAGGCCUUUUCUAGUAACAGAAACAAGAACGAAGGCAGAAAACUCACACUUUCCUCCCUUCUUCCUUCACCUUUUUGGCCGGUGAUUUUCUCCCUUUAUUAGAGCCGCCCUUCACUCCUGAUUCUCUCCCUUCAUCAAACAAUUCUCAUUUUUCAUCAUCAAUAACUAAUUAUCUUCUUUCUUUCUUUCAAUUUUUAACUUUUUAUAAUUAUGGGUAUGGAGAUUACCCAUCAAGAAUCAACCCAGAAUUCUACUUUGCUUGAAUUAGCUGCUUCUGAUGACUUAAACGGCUUCAAAUUUUCUGUUGAAUCACUUGGGUCAUCAAUUCAUGAAAUGGGUCUUUGGUAUACUCGUCCUAUCGGGUCCAAUAAGAUGGGUUAUGAACAAAGAACUCCUCUUAUGAUUGCUGCACAAUAUGGAAGUUUUAAUGUUCUUGAUUAUAUUCUUAACUCGGUUAAAUCGGUUGAUGUUAACCGAGUUUCUGGGUCUGACCGAGUUACUGCUCUUCACUGCGCUGUUGCUGGUGGGUCCCAGUCUUCUUCUUCUGUUAUUCACCGCCUUGUUUCUUCUUCUGCAAAUCUCAACAUCGUUGAUUCUAACGGAAAUAAACCUUCAGAUUUGCUUCCUAUGUUACCAAAAUUACCCACAAAGGGAAACAAACAGAUUGAUUGUUUACUGAAAUCUGGGUAUUCAGAUUCAGAUUCAAGUUCAAGUUCCGGGUCAGUUUCGGAUUGUGAUUCGGAUUCGAAAAAGGAAUUUGCGGUGUCUGAUUUGCCAGACAUAAACAAUGGUGUUUAUGGAAGCGAUGAAUUUAGGAUGUAUAGUUUCAAAAUCAAACCAUGUUCAAGGGCAUAUACCCAUGAUUGGACCGAAUGCCCGUUUGCCCAUCCGGGUGAAAACGCAAGGAGAAGAGAUCCAAAGAAGCAUCAGUAUACGUGUGUUCCAUGCCCUGAAUUCAAGAAAGGUAGUUGUAAAAAGGGUGAUGAUUGUGAGUUUGCUCAUGGUGUGUUCGAGUCAUGGCUCCACCCAGCCCAAUACAAGACCCGAUUGUGUAAAGAUGAGAUUGGUUGUGCUAGGAAAGUCUGUUUUUUUGCCCAUAGGAAAGAUGAAUUGCGCCCUGUUUAUGCUUCAACAGGGUCAGCAAUUCCUGAUGUCACAUCAUCUCCUCCUAUAUCCCCAUCUCCGCUUUCUCCUGGAAGCAGAGCAUCACCGGGUGGAGGAGGGAUGUAUGAGGGGAAAUCCCGUUUCGGGAUUUCCCCUCCUAACCUGCAACUCGCGGGAAGCAGGUUAAGGUCUAGCUUGAAUGCUAGAGAUUUCGAGUCUGAAAGAAAGCUAAUCGAAAUCGAAACUCAACUAAUGAACCAACAACAACAAUACAAUCAACUUCAUUCCCCUAGACCUUCUCCUAAGUGGAAUAACACUAUGAUCCCAGCUACUAAUCUUGAAGCUGCCUUUGCUUCAAUAAAUGUAGGUCGAAAAAUGUCACCACCGAAUGGUGUAGAAUCACCGCGUAAUGCACCUAGGAGGCUGUCGCCUCCUAGGGCUUUAGACUCCCCGAAAUCAGUGGCUGCAGCGAUGCUCAAUUCUCGAGCUGCGGCAUUUGCUAACAGGAGUCAGAGCUUUGUCGAAAGAGUAGGAUCACCGCCUUUUGGUGCCAACAUGUCUAGUCCUAUGUCAACCAAUAUGACUGAUUGGGGUUCACCAGAUGGUAAACUAGAUUGGGGAAUGAAUGGACAAGAGCUUAAUAAGCUAAAGAAGUCGAAUUCGUUUGGAAUUCGAGGAGGUAGUAACAAUGGCAUUAGAACAAGCCCACCCGGGUUCAAUGAGCCCGAUGUUUCGUGGGUUAAUUCUUUGGUGAAGGAUGAGGCUGGUGCCAGAUUCCGUGGAGCAAAGGCGGCGAGCUUUGGUCGUGGUGGUGUUGGAAAUAAUGGUGGUCAAGUUCAAGUUCAAGAUAUGUGUUCACCAUGGGAGCAAUUGUAUAUAGAAGAACAAAGGGUUAUUUAGGUUAUAGGCCUUUUGCUAACAAAAAGAGAUGAAUUCUAUUGUAUUAAUUUCUUAUAUAUACUUCUAGUUAUGAGGGAAGAUCAUAUUAAGAGAAUUUAAGGAGGUUUUCUCUUAUUGUAUAGUAGAAUUAGUAACUAGUAGUAAGCAUAAUCAUAUUCAUUUUAUUGUUUUUCCUUUAAGAAUAAGGAUAAUAUUUGAUCUCUAGUAAGAGUAUUUUUUCCCCAAGUUAUAUUAUUAUUUUUGUGUUCAA